AUGUUUGCUCACGAACCAGCUCCCAUAGCUAGACAUUCCCUUAAGUUUGGAAUACACGUCCCACCUGCACAGCAAGAAACCUUUCAGAAUAUCAGCCCAAUAAAAGCUUUGAUCCCCUUCCAAAAUAAAUGGGUGAUAAAAGGUUGUGUAAUAAACAAGAGGAAAAUGCAUCAGUAUAAUACACCAAAAUCCUCUGGACAAGUCUUUAACUUUGACAUGAUAGAUGCUGAAGGUACUAAAGUUAGAAUAACGUGUUUUGGUGAUAUAGCUGAGAUGCAUUACCAUAGGGUUGAACCAGGAGCAUAUUAUUAUCUGUCAAAAGGUUCCAUUAAGGAAGCCAACACAAAAUGGAAUAAACUUAACAGUCAUCUUGAGAUUACUUUGGACCACAAUUCAACAUUAAAGCAUUGUGAUCCACCUGUUGAUGGCAAAGGUAGUGCUUAUCGAUUCACACCAAUAAAUGAACUUACAAACUUCAGCAACAACACUUUAGUCGAUGUCAUUGGUGUUGUCGUUGAUGUUAAAGAUGAUUCACUAAUAUGUAGAAAAGAUGGAACCAAGGUGAACAAAAGGGUUAUCAAAAUAAAUGAUAUGUCAACUUUUUCUAUUGAUGUUAAUUUAUGGGUGGUUGCUUGGGCACAAUUAGGUGAAGAUCUCAAGAAUAUGCAUGUCACUCAAACAAUUGUCGUCCUUGAGGUUGCUAAUGCUCAUGUUGGUUAUUUCAAUGGAAAAGUGAUCAACACAACCACAACAACCACUCUAAAAAUAAAUCCCCCUACACCAAAGGCAGCUGCACUUAUCUCAAGAGGGAACAUUCCUACUAGCCUUUUGCCCCUCUCUUGUAUUGCUGGUCAACUAAACUCCCAAUACACAAGGAUGACAAUCGCAUCUAUCUUGGAACAAAUGGUUGUCCUCUCUCAAACAGUUGAAACCACUAUUAGAGCUAUUGUGAGAAUCAUCAAAACUGAUUCCUUUUUCUAUCCAGCCUGCCCUUUGCAAUUUAACAACAAAGAGUGUUAA